CAAAAGUAUGGAACGUUGGCAAAAUCGCGUAGCUGUUGUCACCGGCGCUAGUUCUGGUAUCGGUGCGGCUUGUGUGAAAUAUCUCGCCAAUAAUGGAAUGGUUGUAGUCGGUCUGGCACGACGCAAGGAGCGCAUUGACGCACUGAAGGAUCAAGUAGAACUAUCAGCGCGCGAUCGCGUCCAUGCAAUCAAGUGUGAUUUGCAGGACGAGCAACAGAUUAUUGCCGCAUUCAAAGAAAUCGAGUCCAAGUAUGGACCUGUUGCAGUGCUUGUGAAUAAUGCGGGCAUUGUGCGUGGAAUUAAUCUGGUGGACGAGAACAACUCGCUGGAUAUACGUGCUGUCAUAAACACCAAUGUGUUGGGUGUGGCUGAUUGUACCAGGGAGGCUUUCCGUUCCAUGAAAGUCAGUGGGGAUGGCCAUGUCUUUAUUAUCAACAGCAUUGCUGGUCAUUCUGUGCCAAGGAUACCAAAUACUUCCCUUAAUAUUUACCCACCUUCAAAGCACGCUGUAACGGCAAUGACUGAGGUCUAUCGACAAGAAUUUUUCAAUCUAAAUACAAAAGUUAAAGUGACGAGCAUAAGUCCUGGUGCGGUUGACACGGAAAUAAUAUCCGAAGAAAUGAAAGUGAUUAUUGAAAACGCGCCAUUUUUAAAGGGCGAAGAUGUUGCCGAUGCUUUACUUUAUUGCUUACAGACGCCACCUCAUGUACAGAUACAUGAGCUCACAAUUAAACCAGUAGGGGAAAUGUUUUAAAUUAAUAUGUCGAUCUGGUGCGAAGGUGAAUGACUGUUCAGAAUAUACAUAUUUAUUUGCUAAAUGAUAAGGCGGAUUUUGUGAGAAGUUUAACAAUCUUCCAAUUUGUAAAAAUAAAGCCCGCGUUUUGUGAUAAAGCAUA